ACCAAGGAUCUGGCGACCGUGGCCGCCCAACAUCUGCAAAUGGGUCCGCAAAAGGAUUGUCUAAUAUCGGAUUCGAGGUCCAGACAGUUUUGGAAUGAGAUCGUCGAACCCCGACAUGUCCACCUCCUGCUAUUACUACAAAGAUACCCGAAUAGUGGUUAUUUCACAGUGCUCUGUCUCUUGACGCGCUUGAUGUUGGCUCACAGGCGAAAUAUUGAAGAGGGCAUCACGUGGAGCGCGCAGGAGAGAAGCUCUAAUCCAACAGAGGCUACGGACCCCAACUUCAUGCGAUAUCUUCUUUCAAGGGGGCUUGACCCUCUCCUGGGCGUUUUCACCGGAGUCCUUGCAUAUAAAAUGUCAGAAUCAAACCCUAGAACCGCGCCGCCACCAGGAGACACCCUCGUGAGGCUUGUCAAGUGGAAGUUGAACUCAUGGAAAUCUGACCGUGAGCAACGACUCCGAGAUGAUGGAACAAGGGUCACACGAACCAAGCCCACGGAUACCAUUCCUAGCGCGUAAUAUGGGCAUUUUUCUCCGAUCACCAUCGAUCCCAGGGCGUUUCCAACUAAGAGGCGGACCCUCACCCUGAACUCCUAUUAGGUGAUUAUUAUAUGUAGCUGUAAGACAUUCGAAUAUUCCAACGAAUGUAGGGUCACACCGAAGAUAGAGGAAAUAAUAGAUUUUAUGGAUGGUUCGCGA